CACUUUGCUCCCCAUAGUAAUUGUAUUUUGUUAACGCUUCUCGUUUAGAGUGGAAAAUCACAGACAAAUGCCCUAACAUGAACGCAUCUGUUUCGCUGUCGUCAUGGCAACGCCAUAGCGCCUAACCAAGCACCAUCUCCGAGCCCAAGUAUCGUCUCUAAACUCGUUGUAAAGGUUAACCUGUCAUGUCGUCGAUGAACAGGAGGGCUUUUAAAGAACUCGUAAGAACAAUCAACAGCAGAGUGCAACACUUCAAUACCGCAGAGAUAGAAUGCCUUAUCCGGGAGUUUGAGCAGCUGAGCAUUUCUGGCACAGUUGCAAACGGCUUGGAUCGAGUGAUGUUCAAAAGGAUGCUGCACACAGACUUUGGGCUGACAGAUGAAAUGAUCAUGGAUAGAGUCUUUAGGGUAUUUGACAAAAACAAAGAUUACUCCGUCACAGUGGACGAAUGGAUCGAGGGUCUGUGCGUGUUUCUCCGAGGGAACUUGGAUGAAAAAAUAAAGUACUGCUUCAGUGUUUAUGACCUGGACAGCAAACAACACAUAAGCAGAAACGAGAUGUUUUCUUGGUUGAAGGACUGUCUCAUGAGGCAGUCCACAGAAGAGGACCAUGAUGAGGGAAUCAGAGACGUAAUAGAGCACACACUCAAGAAGAUGGACCAUGAUCACGAUGGUAUGGUGUCAUUUAAGGACUUUAAUCAAGCAGUAAGAGAGGAAAACUUAUUGCUUGAGGCUUUUGGCACCUGCCUCCCUGUUCCCACGAGUGUUGAGAUGUAUGAGCGGCGUGUAUUUUGGGAAAAACUGUAG